CAUCCAAAACACACACCAAUCAAACAUCUUCCUAAACAGAAUCACACGAAGAAUCACUUGCGUACGAAAGAUGAAGCCUGUUACAUUUCUCGUGGCUCUUACUACAGUCGCAGUCGUUCUCUCCACCGUCAGUGCUAAUCCCUACGGUGGGUGGCAGCCGAUAGAAAACAUACACAACUAUCGCAUCCAGGAGAUUGCCAAGUUUGCGGUAGGAAUGCACAACUAUGAAAACAAUUUCAAAGAUCCGUUGAGACUUGUAAGCAUUAGGAGGGGCCUUGUCCAGGUGGUGGACGGCAUGAACUAUAAGCUCGACGUGAUGGUGGCUGAAGGCAACAGGCUCGACUCCAAGGGGAGUAUGUACCGAACGGAAGUUCACGUGAGGCUUGGUGCGAUGGAGCUCAUUUUUUUCACACGUAUAGUUAAAGGGUUAAAUUAAGAUCCUGCAUGAACAAUAAUUUAGCAGUCUUUGUUUUAGUUUUUUUUUUUUCAUUGUUUGAUUAAUAACUAGGAAUAACAUAAACUUUUGUUGGUUAUCUAGUAAUGUGUUAUUAGUUGAUUAUGUCAUUUUUAUCAAAAGUGUGAUUGUGCCCUUAAUUAAUUGCUAGUGUCUAAUUUUUAUCUCUACAAAUCGAUGUGCUAGAUAUCGUUCAACCGCACCAAAUCUCAUGAACAACUGAAAUCAAAACCAACAAAUAUUCAUUGAGUAAGACUAUUUCAAUGUCUCAAAUUAAUUACUGCAUCAUAUGCCAUAUGCUAGAAUUUGAGGACUUUCGAGAAUAGCGAAUGUUCAUGGACAAGUUAAUACACAAAAUUGUCAAUUGCAUCGAUUGUAGUAUUACUACAAGUACUAGUGCCCACUCAAGUUCUACUCGACAAAGCAACCAGUGUAUUAGUUGUUAAGUAAGGGCGCAGAGUAAACAAAAGGUGUCAUGUUUCCUUUGCGGAAACUUCAGAAAUUACUGCCUAAAAAAUGUUACAUGUAAGGAAUCCUUGAAAGGACAAAUAGUGACGAGAUUGGUUUGUUUAUAAAGUGUUGAUGAAAAGAAUCAUACUCCGAGUGGUGGCUAAAGAUUUAAAGUUCAACUAAAUCACACGGUCUCGCAAUAACCUAACACAUUUAAAAGGUGAGUCCAUAAGUAUCGAUUUGUUUAGAAAGUGUUUAUGAAAAUAAUCUUACUCGGAGUGGUGGCUAAAUAUUUAUAAUUCGACUAAAUCAUGCAGUCGCGCAAAAACCUAACACGUUUUAAAAGGCGGGUCCAUGAUUAUUGAUUAAUUUCCCAUUCGAAUUUUAUUAUAAAAGGCUCAUAUUUCUUGCUUGCUCAUAAACAUCGAGUAGAUAAUUGGAUUGGACGGGAAACAGAGGAGGAAACUAUAUUGGACCAAAUCCGAGAAAAUGCAUUUGGUUCUCUAUGCAUACACUUGCUUGUUUAGCUCUCUAUUCUAGACAUGUUCAAAAUUACCACUUUUAAUAACAGUUUUGUUAUCAA